AACCUCUGAGAACUCAGAGCAGCUCCGAUGUCUCAUCAGAAGAAGAAGAAGAGCUGCAUACCGGACCGGUGGCUGGAUUACUGUCCUGUAGGACGCAGGAUACCAGGGACUCGGUUCAUCGCUUUCAAAGUGCCACUUAAAGAGUCUCUGAACCGUCAGCUGCCUGAAUCGUACUCUGGUCUGUGGGACCUACUGGACUCUGUGCAGAGCUAGAACCAGGAGCUGGGUCUGAUCAUCAACCUCACCUUCACCAGGAGGUACUACGAACUGUCAGACGUUCCGCAGUCCUGCUUACACCAGGUUCCCUCCGAUGCCACCAUCCUGAACUUCAAACAGGCCGUGAGACAAUUCCUGAAGGAGGACUGUGACAACGACAAGCUGAUUGGAGUCCACUGGACUCAUGGCCUGAACCGCACCGUCUACCUGGUCUGCAGGUACCUGAUCAAUGUGGACGGCCUCGCGAUGGCAUCUCUGGAACUGUUUAACUCCUGCAGAGGUUAUGGCACUGAGAGACAGAACUACCUGUGCAACCUGCAGAAUGCCACCAAGAGGAGCAAUGACAGGAUUGACGAGCCACAGGAGGAGGCGAUCAGAGGGCUUGCUGUAGAGAGACCUCCACAGACCACCAGACAGGACCAAAGACCUCCACAGACCACCAGACAGGACCAAAGACCUCCACAGAGCACCAGACAGGACCAAAGACCUGCACAGAUCACCAGACAGGACCAAAGACCUCCACAGAGCACCAGACAGGACCAAAGACCUCCACAGACCAACAGACAGGACCAAAGACCUCCACAGACCACCAGACAGGAGGAACAACUGUUUCAGAACAUCACUGCUGCUACUGAACAGGACAGACAAGGGUCCAGCUCUGGGCACAAAGAGGCAGAACCAUUAUUCAGUGAUGAUCCUGUGGAGUUUUAA